ACUUGACUUAUACAGCACUGAGGUUCUAUCAUCUCUGAUCGUUCGAAUAAACCAAAAUAAAUCUGAAAGCUAGAGUGGAGCUUGGAUUGGAUAGGAAGUCGACAGUGUACUUGAGCGGCUCCCGCCGUCGCGUUUUUCUCGUCAACCUGCCGUAAUCGACUGCAACAUACAAGAUGAACGUACUUGGGGAGAAUGAUGGACUAGGCUCAUCAUUCGAAACAAAUCAAUUCUCCCCUAGAGUCAAUAUGCCAUACCAGCCGACCCAUAUUGACAACCCCCUCAGGGGAUAUUUGAGCGAGAGUGACGACAAUGAGGACAUCGAUGCCACUCCAAUGUCUGACCGGGAGGAUCCCCUAGCUAGCAUGGCACAGGGUAUUGCCGAGCCAAUUCCGGACCGGGCGGGUGUUUGGUAUGGGGAAUAUAAUUCGAAGUUGUCUGUUAAUCAAAAAUUCGUAGAUAUCAUCAAGGAGUGUGAGACUUUCUACAGAUACAAUCCGGGGUUUGACGGAUCUAAACAGCAGGUUAACCACCUCUUCGACUUCAUUAAACGAGCCCUCGAGGCAAUCGGCCUGGGGAAUCAUCUCGGUGCAUUUAGGGCCCGCGAGAAUAUUCAUUCUACAAAUAUCCGCCGGCAUUAUGCGCCUCGCUAUGUGUCUGCCACAUGGAAUGACGAAGAGAAUAGGUUUGAUCAGGAUCCCAUGAAUGGCAACCCAUGCUUCAACGAAGUCAGAAACAUUCUAGGAGGAAAUACUCCACCCGACGGUUACGGAAGGAUGCGAGGAGGAGCUGCUCCGAGCCCUUCUGAUGCAGGCACUCCUUCGUCUAGGGCACUCAAGAUUGAAACCCGCAAUAUAAAGAGGCGGAUUGGCGUUAGAUGGACGAGACCGAGACAGAUGUGGGGAGACGCUCGACUGCUUGCAAAAGUAGAUUUAACGGAGGCUCCCGAAAAGCUUGAAGAUAUCAAGGUUAAGGGGCCUAUGAUGGUGCCAUCUUCAGCUAUAAGUGAAGAAUUGCGCGAUAGGCUAUCGCGUGGCCUCAAAUCCGAGAUCGAGAAGCAGAGCGCGCGGUACGAAGCUGCCAAAGAGUACGACACGGUCCCGGAUAUCAAGGCCCUCUUAACGGAAAUCGACUCAAUUAUCGAUUCUAUGAGGGUAGAUUGGCAAGCAUUUAUCCAUGACUGGGUUCGGAAAGAUGUUGUAGGCAAGAACCGGUUUAAAUUCGACACCCCGGCCGAGGGGGAGGAACGAAUCAUUGGAGCGAUACUGGAGGCCUUCACCGUGAUGCUUUGCAGUAUCAUUCGGCUCAUUCUGCAUAAUAAGCUUCUAGAUCUCGAGGAAAUAAAAAUCAACGACUUAGUUUCUGCAGAGAUCGAAUAUCUAGAAGCCCUGAAGAGGCAUGAAGAGUUGUGGGGGGAGUACGAUAAAUUCCGAAUCUACUGGACGCGCACCAGUCCGACUGAAAGGGAUGCAAUACUUACCCGUAUCCGUUUACGAAAGGCCCUGGGAGCUUACUGGGAUGAGCAGAUCGAGGAAUAUGGAGAAAUACUUUCAAAACUCGAGGAGCAUGGCCUACAGGCGUUCCCCGAGACAGCCGAGGAGGAGAGGUCUAAAAAAAGGCCCGUCAAAAAAGAGGCAGAAGAAAAGCGAUUUAAGUUAAAGCAUACGCACACGCCUCAUGACAGUUCGCCUCUCAAGCGUGAAUUCGGGUUGCCAGAGGAUGACCCCUCAGGUAACGAUGGCUCAGCCAACGAACCGUCGGAUCCAAGUGAAGGCGAGCAAACAUCGAAUACUGUCAAUCCUGGUCCCUCGACUAGUACAAACGGCAAUUCGAGCAAUUCGGGCUUCCGUCAAAGUCGUAUCGCGCUCGAACAAUUGCGUCUGGUAUACGAAAAGACUCUCCAGACUUAUAUUGACGCCAACAACCUGCUCGACGGGGGCGACCCGGGGGACGCACCGAGGAUAAGAGCGAACAAUGACAACAUCAAGAUGUACAACCAUAUGAUUUGGAAUUUGGACAUCGAGAUCGACAACAUGAAAAGCCUGAAUCCGGGAAAGAAUAUCGGUAGGAGUGCCCAAAACGGUAUCGAGGUCCCGGCACCGGCCCAUGAGCUCUACAAGUUUACUAAGAGGCUCGAAGGCCACAAGGAUCUCCCUACCAAUAUUACAAGUCUCGCACCCGGUAACUUGCCUGGCGACCGCCCGGCACCGAAGAUUCCCAGGGUCCUCGUGGGUGGUCCGGAUGACCUCGGCUAUGACCCUCUCACUCUUGAUGCUGCCGGUGAGACGACUGGACCUGUGAAGACCGAGCCGGAGGUUAAGCAGAGUCCUGUAAUUCCUCCUAGGCCACUGGUUGAUCCUCAGCCUCAACCCCAACCUCAACCCCAACCCCAACCUCAACCUCAACCUCAACCUCGGCCUCAGCCUCAGCCCCAACCUCGGCCACGGCCUCAACCUCAGCCCCGACCUCAACCCCGACCUCAACCCCAACCUGAGCCCAAGGUCUGGCCUCGACCUCCGCCGCCUCGAUCUCGACCUGUGUCUGAACCCGAUUCCCCAUCUCCGGCUCCGGCUCCGGCUCCUGUGAAGGACAACAAUCAAGGUCAGUCUCAAGUCUUUAAACAGUACCGCGCUGGCUUUCCCGUCGUCAACUUGUCGGAAGAAGAAUCUGGGGCUGAGAGUCCUGACCCUCCUUACGCACCUCGGCCUCGUAACUCUCGGCCUAACCCGGUUAUCCGCCGCCUGAUUCAGAGCCGACCGGGUCGUUCGGUUGUUGACAUAGCCGUGGAGGAGUCCACACCGCCGCUUGGGCGCAUUCACCCUUCCACUUCCCGUCUAACUCGCUCUCGCCGAAACCCUCUCCGGGGCCCGAGGACUAACGUGAAUCGAACAGCUCGGAUUGUCCCGCCGGUACAGCCGCCAGCACGAGUACCGGCGGUACGGCCAGUGGAACCAGCGCCGCCAGCGCCGCCAGCACAUCCAGUACAGCCGGUACCGUCUGUACAGACACAGGUGCAGUCUCGUGCUCGCGCUUGGGCUUGGUCCGAGCUGCCAACGAUGACCUUCGAGCAAUAUCUCGCAUCGCUGCCGCCCCGUCUCCAACGUGACCGGGCUGCUGCGAAGGCAAACUACGAUCUUAUCAAGAGUACUGUAACAGAUAUCAAUAAGACGCACAAUACACCUGGAGAGCGUCCCCGGCCCCGGCCCCAGCCCCAGCCCCAACCCCCUCAAGAUCAACCCCCGGUGCCGUCUCCGGUGUAUUCGAACACCAGAAGGCCAGGCUGGACUGAGAGCAGGGCCACCCAUCAGUGGAAUAUGAAUGAUGUUGCGAACAUGACGUUCGAAGAUUAUUACGAUUCGCUUCCUGUAGAAGGCAGAGUGGACGAGGACACUGCUUAUAAGGAAUAUGAGGCCAUUCAAGCAAGCCUAGAUGAUGUCGCCAAGGCCAUGUAUUCCAAUAUAGUAAACCCAUCGCCUCAACCGCCCCCGGAUGCAUCAUUGGAAUCACUUAGUACCAAGUAUGCGCAGCAGAACACAGCGCAAAAGCAGACCUUUCCUUGGUCCUCUUAUAAGACGAAGGUCACCCCUCGCACCAAGAAAACACUCGACUCCGGAGUGAAAAAGUUGCCCAGCCCAAAGAAGAUCUCGAAACUGCCUCAAAAACAUCCCAGAUACUGGGACUGGAGUGACUGGGGCGAUGUCGUAGACCAACGGUUCGAGAAAUAUCUAGAAGGGCUCACCGCAGAGGAAAAGUCGCAGUGGGAUAAGACAGAGCAAGACUUCUACGACUUCAGACGAAGCGCGAUUAACAAGGCGACGCAGCAGCACAGCGUUGCCGCCGCCAAAAAAAAAGACGUUACUCAGGACCCCAUCGAUGACGCCGAUCCAUCCACAUAUGCCGGCCCAAUAGCCUACACAGCCUCCAUCCCACCCCGCGACAGACAUAGGGUCAGGAGAAACCAGCAGAGACAGAAACAGCAACAUCAUACCUAUUGGUGAUGUUUUCGAACCUCCCGAGUCCAACCCACAGCAGGAUCCUCCAGUCAAGAACGAGCCUGUCAAGGUCCUACCCCCCUUGUACGACAAGAGACCCAGAGGUAGGGUAACUAGGA